AAGAAUUACUUUAAAUCAAAUGUCAAACUCAUUCUAUAGAAGGCCGGGUUUCAGCAGGGUUUCACUCCACCCUUGAUUGAUGAAUUAAGGUCACUAAUUAGUAAGAAACUCCUCUAACCUGGUUGUCUAGGUCUUAAUUGAAAGGAAAAAACUAAAACCCGCAGACACUUAGCCCUCCAUGGAAUGAGUUUGACAACCCUGUAUUAAAUACAUUUUGAUUUGACUAGGGGCCGUCUGCCAGGUCCUGAUCACCAGGGUGGGAGACAUCCUGAACAGUACCUGCAACGACGAUUACAAGGCCAGGCUCAUCAUCCAGAAAGGAUUGGAUUCCGGUGCCAGGGAAAGGUUCCCUGACUCUCCGUGUUCCUCUUCACCCAAGGACGAAGAGGAGGUGGUUGUAAGUGCCAUGACUGUCUCAUACCCCAAACCCUCCACCUCUCCCCAGGCAGCAUGGGCAGCUCCUGCCCAGACUCUGGAAGAAGAGGUGGGGGGGGCUGAGGUCUCCGAGAUGAGUGACAGCUCCCUGAUGCCCACCAAGAACAGGCAGGACCCCCUGGAGAAGAUUCCCUCCCUCCUACUAGGCAAGGAGCACAUCCUCCUUUGCAGCACUCCCUGGGCCACCGUCAUGAGCCCCCAGACUCUGAAGUUUAUUCUCCACGGCAUCAUGUGCCGACUGGAGGCCUCAGAGUCCCUCCAGACAAGGAGGGCCAAUGACCCCUUCAGGCUGAUGAAGGAUCUCUUUGUGGAGGUCCAGCAUGCCCUGAAGUAUGCUGACAUCUCUGUCGUCUUUGGCCUGGAGCAGAGCAUCCAAUUCAGUGGUGAGGAUGCAGUGAAGGCCAUCGUGACGACUGCGGCUAAAAGAUUGUCCCUGCGUUCGGACUCCAACCGGGCUCAACUGCGUGCCGCACGCUCUGGUAGCGAGGCAGCCAUCAGGUGCAUGGCGGACACCAUCACACAAGUCAUAGAGGACUGGAGUUUCGAAGGCCAUUUUGGAGCCAGGAGGAGCCGUGGUAGUGGGAGGUCACACUCCUCAACCUCCUCAAGGAGUGACGACGUCACCCUCACCGAGGAGCUCCUGGCUUGGAGGGAAACCCUAGAAGAGGACCUAGAGGAGAUGGCUGAUGACAGCACUGGUUUGGAAAAGACCAGUGUGAGCUCAGCCAUCUCUGAGAAGUCCCAGGUAAUUAGCUACCUUUCUGAAAGCACCAAGCCCAUCAGCAGCGCCCUCUCCACAGACCUCGAGGACAUCACCUCCACACAGAAAAAAGAGAAGGAAGAGGCUAUGAAAAAAGAAGUGAGGAAGUCAGGAAAUAAGAAGCGAGGAAAUAACAAGAACCAGAAGAAGAACAAGGUGUCUCCUCUUGGCAAUGAUAGUACUGUGGCUGCAGAUGAGCCUAAGAAAAAACAGUCUCUCCUCCCGCGGAUCACAGCCGCCCUGGCAAAACUAUUUUGCUUCCCCUGCAAAAUAAAAAUGCAAAAAGUUACUGUGCAGAAGACGAGUUUGGGAAAACCUGCUGCCACUUCCCCCAACCCACCUUCUAAAUAA